GCGCCUGGCCCCGGGUCCCCGCUCCCUCGCCCCCCCCUACCCCCAGCGGCCCAGGCCGCCGCGACCCACGCCCGCGUCGGUCCUCGCAGUGCGCACAGCCCUCCCCGCCCCCGCUGCCAUCCUGCCACGCCCCGGGCGUCGGGGGCAAAGCCCGCGCCCCCCCGCACCCGCCCCUGCGCAGAGGCUGGGGGCCUGUUUAUCUGGAGGCCCCCACCCCCCUCCACCCCGGGGGGCCCGCUCCCCCCGCGCCCCGGGGAGCUCUGGGGCCAGAUAAGCUGGCAAGCUGGCACGGCGCCGCGCAGCGGGGCGGAGAGGUCAGAGGAGGGGGGGCGCGCCGGGGGCGGGUUGGACCCCCCCCCCACCAACUUGACAAAACCUAAUAACAGCCCGGUCUCCCCGGCGCAGCGGGCGAAGCCCCACGGGAGGGCAGAGACGUGGCAAGAGGGGACCUGCCGAGCCUGUUCUGGCCUCCGAGGCCGGGGUGGGGGGGGCGGGCUGGGCGUGGGGGGGGGGCCGGCGGCUGCGGCACCUUUAAGACAAGGGAGGACCCCUCUUGCCCUCGGAGAAACCAGGAAGGGAGUCGCGAGCAUCAUACGGGGCUUUGGCUGUACUGUACAGUUACUGUAGGGGCAGUGACGCCGCCGCCGCCGCCGGAGCGAGGGAGCGACGAGUGGAGAGCGCGAGAGGCGGAGAGCGAGAGACGCGGACCCCGGAGGCGAGCGGCCGAGGAGCCCAGUCCCAACUCCGGGCCCCGGCCCCUCGCGCCCCGGCCCGGCCCGGCCCCGGCCCGGCCGCGCGAGGUCUCGGCGCGGAAGAUGGCCGGCGGUGUGGACGGCCCCAUCGGGAUCCCGUUCCCUGACCACAGCAGCGACAUCCUGAGCGGACUCAACGAGCAGCGGACGCAGGGCCUGCUGUGCGACGUGGUGAUCCUGGUGGAGGGCCGGGAGUUCCCCACGCACCGCUCGGUGCUGGCGGCCUGCAGCCAGUACUUCAAGAAGCUGUUCACGUCGGGCGCCGUGGUGGACCAGCAGAACGUGUAUGAGAUCGACUUCGUCAGCGCCGAGGCCCUCACGGCCCUCAUGGACUUCGCCUACACGGCCACGCUCACCGUCAGCACGGCCAACGUGGGCGACAUCCUCAGCGCCGCCCGCCUGCUGGAGAUCCCCGCCGUGAGCCACGUCUGCGCCGACCUCCUCGACCGGCAGAUCCUGGCGGCCGACGCGGGCGCCGACGCCGGGCAGCUGGACCUCGUGGAUCAGACCGACCAGCGGAACCUCCUCCGGGCCAAGGAGUACCUCGAAUUCUUCCAGAGCAACCCCAUGAACAGCCUGCCCCCCACCGCCGCCUUCCCCUGGUCUGCUUUCGGCACAUCCGACGAGGACUUGGACGCCACCAAGGAGGCCGUGGCCGCGGCCGUGGCCGCCGUGGCCGCCGGCGACUGCAAUGGCUUGGACUUCUACGGGCCGGGGCCGCCGGCCGAGCGGCCCUCGGCCGGGGACGCGGACGAGGGCGACAGCAACCCGGGCCUGUGGCCGGAGCGGGACGAGGACGCCCCUGCCGGGGGCCUCUUCCCGCCGCCCGUGGCCCCGCCGGCCACCGCCACGCAGAACGGCCACUACGGCCGGGGUGGGGAGGAGGAAGCGGCCUCGCUGUCGGAGGCGGCCCCCGAGCCGGGCGACUCUCCGGGCUUCCUGUCGGGCGCGGCCGAGGACGGGGACGGGGACGGGCCCGACGCGGAUGGGCUGGCGGCCAGCACGCUGCUGCAGCAGAUGAUGUCAUCGGUGGGCCGGGCGGGGGCGGCGGCGGCGGCGGCGGGGGACAGCGACGACGAGUCGCGGGCGGACGACAAGGGCGUCGUGGACUACUACCUGAAGUACUUCAGCGGCGCCCACGACGGGGAUGUUUACCCGGCCUGGUCGCAGAAGGUGGAAAAGAAGAUCCGGGCCAAGGCCUUCCAGAAGUGCCCCAUCUGCGAGAAGGUCAUCCAGGGCGCCGGCAAGCUGCCGCGGCACAUCCGGACCCACACCGGAGAGAAGCCCUAUGAGUGCAACAUUUGCAAAGUCCGAUUCACCAGGCAGGACAAGCUCAAGGUGCACAUGAGGAAGCACACGGGCGAGAAGCCGUACCUGUGUCAGCAGUGCGGGGCGGCCUUCGCGCACAACUACGACCUGAAGAACCACAUGCGCGUGCACACCGGCCUGCGCCCCUACCAGUGUGACAGUUGCUGCAAGACCUUCGUGCGCUCCGACCACCUGCACAGACACCUCAAGAAGGACGGCUGCAACGGCGUCCCCUCGCGCCGCGGCCGCAAGCCCCGCGUGCGGGGCGGGGCGCUCGGGGGGCCCGACCCCUCCCCGGGGGCCGCCGCCCCGCCCGGCGCCGCGGCCCCGCCCGGCUCCCCCGACGGCCGGCGCAACGGCCAGGAGAAGCACUUUAAGGACGAGGACGAGGACGAGGACGAGGCCGGCGCCGACGGCCUGAGCAGGUUGAAUGUAGCGGGUGCCGGCGGAGGGGGAGGCGACGGGGGCGCCGGGGCCACCGCCGACGGCAGCUUCGCGGCCGGACUUGCCUGAAAACCAAAAAGAGAAAACAGAAACCCGAGAGAGAGAGAGAGAGACAGAGAGAGAGAGAGACAGAGAGAGAGAGAGAGAGAGAAAAUCACCCACCACCCCCCCAAAAACACAAAAAAAGAAAAUCUAUCUAUAUACAGAUAUCUAUAUCUAUAUAUAUAUAUACAGAUAUAUAUAUAUGAGGCGCCACAGAAUCUAGGGUAGUGCUUUUCUGAGAUUUUUCUCCUUCAUGAUGUUCUCUCCCUCCGCGGGGACCCUCGCCCCCGCUCCGGCUCCCCGUACCCCCACCCCGCCGACGGGUUUCGGGGCUCGGUUUGGGGUUUUUGUGGGACAUCUAGAUUCUGAGCCCCCCCACCCCGCCGCGGGGCACACCCAGCAUGGAGUCUGGGGUCCCAUCUGAGGCCUGGUCAGGGCCCCAGGCGCCAGGUGGGGGUGAGGGUGGCCGCGGGGGCUGGGGCACUGGGGUGGGCUUUUGUUUUCAUCCCCUCGCUGGUUUCUAGGAGUCUUUCAGACAAGACCUUAAAUGAUCUCUGUCCGCUGUGAGUGGACGUUAAAAUGCACCCUGUCCCCACCCCCAGCCUCCUUCCUCAGGGCACUUACUAAGUGGGGGUCUCCCCCCCCCCCCCCCACCUCCCUGCCUCCCGCUCCUGCCUGUGGUCCUGUAUGUGUCCUGGCCGCUGUGACACAAAUCUAUUUAUUUCCAGGCCCGGAGAGGGGAGUCGGGGGAGGGGGCGCCAGGGUGGCUCCCUGGGGGGGGGGGGGGCUGCCGCCGCCUCCCUUCACGGCACUUACACCCUGGCGGACCCCCCCCCCCUCGGACCGCCGCUCAGGGCGCCCCGCCACCCCCCCCCCCAGGCCGUGCUCCCCGACCCAGGCCACCCAGACCCCACGAGACGUUUGGAGAUUCAAAACAUUUUUGUCUUUACCCUCCCCUUAGCCCUCUCCCAAGUUUUUAAAGCACUUUUUAGAUUUUUUUUUUUCUUUUCCUCCUUAAAAACAAAAUUUAUAUAUAGAUAUAUAUAGAUAUAUAUAUAUAAAAUAUACUUUCCUCAGAGGAGCAAAGCAACAGUGUGGGGUGGACGAGGCCAGAGCGGAGGGAGCCCAGGGUCUCGAGGUGGCAGGGAGGAGGGGGGAGAAGAGUCCAGAUGUUCUCGUGUCACAAAAGCAAUAAAGACAACAUUUUACAAAAUGAAAGGAAAAAAAAACAAAAAACCACAAAAAACACACAAAAAAAAGACAACCAACCACAAAUAGAAGUCUUGGCACUUUGUAACAGAACGGGUACUAUACUUUAUCUUAAUUCUUAAUUUAAAAACAUGUUUACAAGUUGCAACCAACUUCUAUGAAAAGUCGAAAAGACAAAAAAAAUAAAAAAUAAAAGAGAGCGAGCGAGAGAGAGCGAGCGAGAGAGAGAGCAAAAAGAAAUUCCUAAAAGUCAAUUUAUUUUUGUACAAAAUAAUAAAAAAAAAAACCCACCGCAGAUGCAGAAUCCACUUCUGUUCCCCGAGGUGAGAGGGGUCAGGAAGGCACGGGGGCGAGGUCUUCUGAGGUAUUCGUGCUUUGACCCGGGGGCUUGCCUUGCAGGCAGGACCGCGGGGUUUUUUUGUGUUUCUGCCGUGUCCUCCCCCCCCCCACCCCCCUCCCAUUCUGUCCCAUUUUGGUUCUGAUUCGGAGGUGUCUCAUCACCUGCCAGCCAUACGAUGGCCACCCGUGUCUGCGGGGACCCUCCUUACUGACUCCCCAGCUCAGGGAUGGGCCCGAGAGAGGGCUGGCCUUCCAACCAGCUAGAGCAAUCCAGUCCCCCCCCCCCCCGCCCCCUGCCCUCGCCCCUCGCCCACUUUGGGGCUCCCCGCCCUCCAGCAUGGCCGCCCUUCCUUGUGGCCACCAAGGAGCCGCCAUCUGGGACAGGUCAACCCCGUCGAGGUGGGUGGCGGGGCCCCACCUCCAGGGCCUUAUAUUCCCCCAGGCACCCCUCUUUUUAUUCAAAGGCACUGACUGUAAUCUGGGGGCUGGCACCCGCCUCCCCCCAGCCUCUGGCUCCCCAAAGGCCCGGUACUGACCGAGCCACAGGCCACGGACGGGGGCCAGGGCUGGGGAGACCGUGUUGCCAGAGGCCAGGGCACCCUCACCCCAACGCCCUCUCGCAUAUGCAAUGCCUAGCGUGGGACCCUGUAAAUAGACGCUCUGUCAAGCCGAGACCCUCCCCCAUCAAAGCCCAAGGUGAGGGGUGCCCCUGCUCCCCCCCCUCCAGCUGCUGGCCCGUCUCCCUGUGCCCCUUUGCUCUGUGACAGACCGCGUCUUGUCUUUUUUUUUUUUUUUUUUUUUUAAAGGGAAGCUUUUUAAGAAGGCAACUUUCAUCAUUGUUUCUACAGGAUACUAUUCAUCACCCCUCCCCCCGAGCCCGUCAGCCCCCCAAAUGUCUCAGGACCCCCCCUCCUGAGGGGGGGUGGCAGGGGAGCCCAGGGCCGGGUGGCCUCCCUCACACCCCGGUGUCAUAGAGUAAGCCCUUUUGGAGAACCAUCUGUGGAGGCCAAGCAGAGAGCUCGAGCGCCCAGGCCAGGGACCCCCCCCACCCCACCCCAGCUGAGAGGUUCCCUGAGGGGACAGCCCUCUCCCCCCCCCCCCAUACACCCCCUCGCAAUAAAACCAACUGAAAAAUCACAGCUGUCGUCCUGGCCAGUGGGGGCGGCUGGACUCGGGGUGGGGGGGAUCAAGGCCUCUGGGACUAUGGCGGGGGCAAGGGCUGAAUCCCCGCCGAGCACACUUUUAACACAGACUUCCUCGGGAAUUGCACUAAACCCCUGCCCCUAGCUCUGAGCUCCGCUUCUGAUCGCCCUGCCCACCCACUCCGCCUUAACCCCUGGCCCGCCCGCCCGUCCUAGGGGCCGCAGCGUCCGCAUGGGCCCAGCGCCGGGACCCCGGCCCCUGACCCCGCGCAAUCACAUACUGUACAUAGACGUGGAUCGAUUUUAUUUUUAUUCUUUAAAUUAAGGUCGUGAUCAAGUGUUGCCAAAGAUACUGCUGAGUUCUCGCGUUUCAGGAAACAAACAAACAAAAAAAAAAUAUUUGAGGGGGAGCGUGCUGACUGGUCAGAAAGGACACAGCAAAACGUUUUUUUGUUUGGUUGUUUGGGGUUUUUUUUUUUUUUUUGGUGUUUUCUUUUUUUGGGGUGUUUUUUUUUUUUUUAACUGCCUGGUACAAAAAAAAAAAAAAAGAAAAAAGAAAAGAAAAACAAAGCGAAAUUGUUAUUUCCAUCAUCUUGGUGAAGUUGGGUGGAUGUGUGUGCGCGUGUGUGCGAGAGUGAGGUCCGGGCCAGGGGCUCCGGGCAGGGUUGGGGGGGGAGCUCCCGGGGUGGGGGUGGGGGGCAGGUGUGUGCCGGAGGGGCCUCCCCCAACACCCCCCGGAGCGGUCAGCUGGCCUGUGGGACCUAGGAGAGAGAGGCUAACACCCUUGCUACUUCUCCCUGCCUAGACCCCCCCCCACCCUGACCCCACCUUUUGAGAUUAAGAAAAAAAAAAAAAAAAAAAAACACUACAAAACAGAAAAACAAAACAAAACAAAACAAAACUGAAAACCCAGUGAAUGUAAAGUUCCGGACCAGGCCCAGCCUGGCACGGGUGUGGGCCUGCGCCUCUCCGGGUUCCAGCAGGCCAUACCAAAGUCGGCCCCCCCCUUGGGUGGCUUGCCCAGGAGACCCCCCCCCCCCCCCCGUGGCCAUCUCGUCGCCAUUUGUACCUGGCUGUCCCUUUGCUUCCUUCCGGGGUUGGGGGGGGCGGUGGUGGGAGCCGGGGGGGGGGGGGGGGGCAGCAGCAUUGGACACGUCGCGCAUGGUGGGGUCGAGGCUGGGCCGGGCGGGGGGAGAGGCCCCCCAGGACCGAGGCAGUCCAGGCAGCCGGGAUUGUAGGAGGCCAGAGUGAAGGGAAAAGCAGGACAAAAAAUUUAAAACAGAAAAAGAAAAAAAAAAAAAAAAAAAAGCAAAAAUCCUAUUUUUUGAGAAAGAAAGAUAUUUAUAUUUGCAGUUUUAUUUUAAAAAGUUAUUUAAGCUGAGGAAGCAGCCUUCCUGGAGGGCGGCUGGCGCAGGACGGGUCAGGGCCUGGGGGCUCGGACGCCCCGGGAGCCAUAACCUCAGAGUUCAGACUAGCUCGCACUAAGGACAUAGAUUUACACAGGGGGUGGGCAGGCAGGGCCAGGAGGUGGAGGGGCUGGGGAGACCCCCGUCCCGAUGCCGGGGCUGCCUGGAGGCCAUGGCCAGGGUUCCUGAGGCCCAGGGUCCCCCCCCACCCCUCCCAGGCCCAGAUACAAGGUGCCUUGGACUUUGGGGGGCCGGGCCUGGUGAACGGGGUGCGGGGGGGGGGGCAGGGGCGGUGCCCGCGGGCACAGAGCACAGAGCAGACAUUCCAUAGACUGUAUUUGAGAGUCUUUAUAAAGUGUGGGAGAUUUAAAAAAAUCAAUUGAUAAAAAUGCACUUUUGGGGGUGGGGGGGGAGAAGCUUUAAAAGUAAUAAAAACAAAAACAAAAAGACAAAAGAUGAAAAACCAGACAAAAAAAAAAUCAUUUUUCUUGUACAUAAAAAACCACUAAACGCAGCCUGUUACGACCGCUGCUGCCUCAUUUGCCUGA